GAGGGAGUCACCAGUCAGUGAUCACAACACAAGAAGCAAAAUAACUCUUAAAUUUAUUAUAGAGGUCAAAUAGUAACACAAUGGGGAUACUAUUAUCAUGCUGUGGCGGUGGAUCUAACUCCUCCUCAGACUAUAACAACAUGAAUGAGCCGGCUGAUCCUGAGGCUCGUCGAAAACAGUUGGCAGAAGCAGCUGAAGCCCGACUUAAAGCACAGGAGGGUCGAGGUGUUAAGAACCCAGAGGCAAUUAAACAGCGACAGAUACGUAUGGAAGAGCUGGAACGCAAACAACAAGAAGCAGGAGGAGUCCAAGGAGGAGGAGGAGGACUUAGGUGGCAAGUGAAUUAACAUGAGGGUGGGUAGCCCAUGUUAUAUCUGCCGGGGCAACGUUCAAAGACACCCAUCGUACUACUGGAGAAUGUUAAACAUAAACCCAUUGACUUACCUAUGAAUUUCAAGAGGACAUCUUCACAGCACAUUUAUCGCAUAUCUGGUAAUGGUUCUGAGGAUCAACACCAUUGCUGCCUACUCUCGGACACACAAUAUUGGACUGUAUCUGAGCACCGUACAGUAAACCCUUGAUGUAAUGGAUUUUCAAAAUCAUGGGCAAAAUCCACUGGUUAAAUUAUAUCUUUAACUCCCUUGAAACCUUUAUUUUCAAAGUUAAUUGUAAUAUAUAUGGAAAUUGUUUGAGAUAUACAGUACAAUAGUCUAUUUUUUUUUUUUUUUACAAAUUUUUAACAUUAUUCCGAUAUAAUGGACACAUGGACAUUUUCCCUAUUAAUCCAUUAAUUGAGAGUUUACUGUACAUUUGAUAUUGCCUGAAUUUUUUGAACAACAAAUAGUCAGCUGUUCCUGUAAUAUUACAAUUAUUGAUGAGAAAGCAUUAGGAAAAUUUUUUUUAACAACCUCCAUUUCAAAUCAAUAUAAAACCAUCUGAGGCAUAAUUGCCAACACUAACAAAAUUAAUCUUGCCGAUUUCUGGAAAUUAAUAUUCGGAUUCAGUACCAGAGUAAAAGUUAUGAAUGAGAGCCGGUGGAAUUGAUAUGGUGAUACCAACGAGAUUUAAAUAAGAGAGACAUAUAUUGAAAUGUUUUUACAAGUAACUUCUUCAGUCCUGAGAAAGCUAUUUGUGGCAAACAUUUCUGUAAUAAAUAUCUUGAUCACUUUGUAAGUGUCUUGCCUGCUGUGUGAGAGCUACUGUGAGAUGGUAGUCACUGAUGGAACAAUACCCAAGUGGAAAUUCAUUAGAUUUAUUGAAAAUAUCACUUUGGCAUUGUUAGUUUUUAUAAGCUGUAGGGAAUGUUCUAGCUUUUGUCAUUUGAAUUGUUAGUCAUUCUAAAACUUUGUAAAAAAUGAUUUUGCUGUAAUUCAGAGAAAUAUGAGUUACUGUAGUAACUGAUACAUAAUUCUGCCCCACAAGUUAUUCAAAGUUCAUACCAUUACCAGCCAUACACAUUAAUUCUUGUAUAGAUGUUUAUUUGAAUGUUUAAGGUGGAAACACUGAUGUGAGAGCACUUUCCUAAUGUUUUCUUCAGCGUCACAAUACUGUUUAGGUGAUGAAGGGUUCUUUCUUCAAGGAACUGGUGUUAGUCUUCCUUUCACCAAAACAAACCUUAUUACCUUUCCAUUUGAAUAUAAUAUUUUGCAACCAGACAACCAGACUUUUGAUAUACACUGUAUAAAGAAUCUUGGGAUGGAAGCAAUCAGGUUUGAUCCAAGAAAGGUAGCUCCCAUUACUUGGCUCAAGAGCCAUUCAGUGGCAUUAGAGGCACCUUUCAUUACUUAAGAAACCUUAAAAACAGUUCCUUGUCGCCUGGGAUAUUAUUUUUGCUGUAAUUAGUCUCCUUUUUUAAUCAUAUUUAAUAACCAUGGUGAACGUGUUUUCUGCUAUGGGUCAUCAUGUCUUGCUAGGCGAUAACCUUUGAUUUAAAUAAGCCUUUUUUUCUUCUUCUUUCUUCCUUCCUUCCUUUCCUUUCCUUUCCUUUCUUUCCUUCUUUCCUUUCCUUCUUUCCUACUUUCCUUUCCUUCUUUCCUUUCCUUCUUUCCUUUCCUUCCCUUCCUUCCUUCCUUCCUUUCCUCCCUCCCUUCCUUCCUUCCUUCCUUCCUUCCUUCCUUCCUUCCUUCCUUCCUUCCUUCCUCCCUUCCUCC